UGUACACACACUGGACUCAGAAGGAGGUUUGUUUACUACAGCAGGAGCUGAAAGAUGAAAUUCGUCCAUGACACCAACUCUUUCCUUCUCUCCUUGGUGAUUCUGGCUGAGCUGCUGGUGCAUUCAUCACCGCGUCCCACCCCCAGCCCAUCCCUGUGUAGCAUGUUUGGAUCGAUGAUGCAUCAUGUGGAGAAGCUCAUCAACUCAUCCAAAAAACUCCAUGACUUGACAGACAAUCAGCUUUUAAACUUUGUGGAUGUCGAGCACAAACUGGACGGUCUUCCUGUCAUACCGCACACCGCUGCACAUUUCAGAUCGUUAAAGGUUAACGAGUCCCUCUCUCAGCUCUAUGUGUACACCGAGUCCUUCAGGCUGCACGCCAAGUGGCUGAAAACUGUGCGAGAAAAUGUCAGUGUGCCCUCUCAGGCAGCUGAGGGCGCCAGCAUCAACCUCAAGCAUCUGUCCGAUCUCAUCAAAGCGUCUCUGGACCAGAUCAGUGAAGAGGUCCCUGAGUCAGCGCCUCCCUCCCUCCCGGUCGUCUCCACAGCCUUUGAUGCUCUCAGGUUCUCUGUGGAGAUCUCAGAACAGUUACAAGUCUUCUGUCAUUGGUCAAAAAGAGUCUUACGGCACCUCCAGAGACCAUCCCACUGUCAAAGACGUUAAGCUGAGGCCUUCAGGACAAAAGCAGCCUGUGAUGUCUCCUUCAGUAACCACUGUUCAAUUCAAUUCUAUUUUAUUUAUAUAGUGCCAAAUCAUAACAAACAGUCGCCUCAAGGUGCUUUGUGUUGUGGGUAAAGACCUACGAUAUUUGUCUACUAACGUGCUGCACAGCAAACACAGGAAACCUGUAUGGCCCCAGAAUGUAUUGUUGCUGUGAGCAUUUCAGUGAGCUGACAAUAGCCUUAAACAGCCUCUGUAGAUAAAGAAAGCUCGUAGCAUGAAGCAGACACUGUAUUUAGACACAUGUUGGCAGAGUGGCGCUACAGAAACAGCUCAGCAGCAAAUAUGAGACUUCAGGGGUUGAAUAAUUAGAGUGAUCUUGA